AUGGCCAAGAAGAAAAAGACGCAGUUGAAGCCGGUUGCCCGAGGUUUUGCUACAACCUCUGUUCCGAAGAAAGCUGUAGAGGUGGAAUUCGAAGACCCACUAAGUCAGCCUCCUCUGGACGAUCAGGAAAGCGCAGAGGCACCAUUGGCUGAGAAUUCCAACGGUUCUAGGGAGCAACAGAAUGUUCAGGAUGAGUUCGGUCCAGACAAGGUUGAAGAACAGUCUCUGCAAAAUUUGGUCGAUAGAUAUCAAGAAAAGAUAGAAAAGGAGAUCGUAAGAAACGUUAAAGCCAUAGAAGUGGAUCGUCGAUUUACCAAAAUUCUACCAUCAAUCGAGCUGGACUCUUUAAUGAUUGAUCGCGUAUUGGAUUUUGCGAAAGAAUUACAAGUCAACGAAGGUAAAAAGACAUUGGAAGAAUCCGAAGAAAAAGCAGUGACAAAGCUGGCAAUUACCUAUGGUGUUCUUCGACGUUUAGGCUUCUCUGAAGAACGCGUAAUGGAAUGUUUGACUGCUAUAAAUGGAGUAGAUCUGGAAGAAGCUUAUGACUGGCUAUUCAUCAACUGCCAGGAAGAUGAGCUUUCCAAUCCUAAUGGCAACCAAGAAGAGCUUCGUUUACCAACAGCACCUAAUACUCCCAAAGGAUCCAUGGCAAGAACUCCACGAACUCCACGAACUCCACGAACUCCCGCUGAGUUUCUUAUACCUUCAACGCCUACGCCAGCUUCUAAAUACUUCAAAAAAAAGCCUUCAUCCAAUCUCGACGCUAAUGCCCCAGUUUUUAUUCCCAGUUGGAAAUCGACUGUCGAAAAUGAAUUAACGUCUGAUUCUGCUUCUGUCCUCCAUGCAUCCCCUUUACCUGUAAUCUCUUUGGAAGCGGAUGAAGAUCAUUCCGACAUCUCCAUUGUCAAGUCACGCAUUCUGGCUUCAUUCGGAAAUGGAUCGGGAUCCGAUACAGAUUCGAGUAGCGAAAACGAUCUCAACGACGAGUACGUUCGCCUAAAUUUGAAGAUUGCCUCUCUUUCAACGCACCGCGAUGUAUCCACCUCUUUACAAUUACAAGAACUCCAAAAGCGGCUCUUGAUUCUUCGAAAAAACUAUGUCUUUGAUGAGCAAGAAGCUGAAAAGCUUUACGCUGUUGCACGCAAAAAAGCUGAUAUUGCAUCCCUUGAUGCUCGCCUUCGAGGAGUCAAGGCUGAUACAGACGUCGCUAAUACUUCGAAGUCUCCUAAAAAGCGACCAGUAGAAAUACAGACUUCUACACCUGAGAUAUCUUCGACUGUAGACGUGUUCGACCAAGAAGAUAACGCUGAAGGAGGACUACUCGACAUUUUGGAGGAAAUGCCCAACUCGGAGAUCACCACCGAGGGUGUCACGGUGUCUGUCCGUGAUAUGGCCCUUCCAAAGCAUUGGUCCGGUCGCACGUCCAAGACUCUUUUGGCGGAGACCGUAGCUAAAUCAGAUCGAUAUGCUGUCGUAACUUAUUCGAUAAUUUCAGGACCAAGUCGCGUCAAGCGUGCUUCGGUAAGCGUGCGCUGGGAAGGCAGGAAAACGGAUGAGUGGUUCAUGGUAGAUGUGGCUUGUCAUGACGAGGGCCAAGCAGAGCAAUACGUUGCAACCUUGGCGUUACAUGCAUUGACCUUUCCCUCCACCGAAGGAUUUGCUGCAGGGAGUUCUGGAGGUCCUCAGACAUUUUUUCGCUUACUGCCACCCGUGUAUCGGGACCUAUGGAGUGAAUUAACAGAUGCAAGGAAAUUGAAGGACGAUGCAAUCAAUAGAGGUGUUUGGGCUAACCUUCGAUCCAUUGUCGAGCCCAAACUCUCUGUUCCAAGCAAGGAUCAAGGUAGUAUCAAGAUCCAGCGUGCGACCAAUGAGAACCUUGAAGUUGCGUCGAACAGGCGUCUCUACCCUAAUGGUCAAGCCUUCUCGGAGCAAUUGAUGUCGAACUUCCGUGCACGUCAGUCUACAUCCGCGUACCAGGAAAUGCUGGUCCAUCGUAAUGCUCUCCCGAUCGCUAGCUACAGAGAUAUAAUUAUCGAUACGUUGGAACAAUCUCAAGUUCUUGUACUCAGUGGUGAGACUGGUUGCGGAAAGUCUACUCAACUCCCGACUUUCAUCUUGGAGGAUCAGCUAUCUCGAGGGAAACCUUGUAAAAUUUAUUGUACAGAACCUCGGCGUAUAUCUGCAAUCUCCCUUGCGCAACGUGUUUCUCGUGAAUUAGGGGAAGGUUCGAACGCGGCGGGCACACUUAGUUCCCUUGUUGGAUAUUCUAUUAGGCUAGAAAGCAACACCACCAAGAACACGCGUCUGGCCUUCGUCACAAACGGUAUCGCUUUGCGAAUGUUAGAAGGAGGUUCUGGACAAGGUGGACAGGGUACAGCUUUUGACGAAAUCACGCAUAUCAUUAUCGAUGAGGUUCACGAACGUUCAAUUGAGUCUGACUUUCUGUUGAUCGUACUCAAGUCGCUAUUGGAGCAACGCUCGGAUCUAAAGGUUGUCCUUAUGUCUGCUACAGUGGAUGCUGAAAAGAUUUCCGAAUACUUUGGAGGCUGUCCCAUGCUUCAUGUACCUGGACGCACAUACCCUGUUGAUGUACGGUAUCUGGAAGAUGCGGUGGAAUACACGCAGUGGUCGAUCACUGAGAACUCACCUUACGCCAGACGUUUGCAUGAUAAAUUCUACCGUACCAAGAAUAGGACUGACUGGGCUGAAGAGCUUGCCAUCAACGAUGAUGAAGACUCGGAUAUUCCUUCGGAGAACGUGAAGCUUGAAAAACGAUACUCCCCCAAUACCGCGGCUACUAUCAAUCUGUUUGAUGAACGGCUCAUACCUUAUGAACUCAUCCUGCGACUACUUGAAAAGAUCUGCUUCGAAGAUCAGUCGUUGUCAGAUUUUUCGGCCGCAAUCCUGAUAUUUAUGCCUGGUCUGGGCGAAAUCAGGAAAUUGAAUGACAUUUUGACCGAACAUUCAUUGUUUGGAUUGGAUGAUUUCAAGAUAUAUCCGCUUCAUUCCACGCUAUCGAGCGAGAGUCAGAGCGCGGUGUUCGACAUCCCACCUCCUGGUGUUCGAAAAAUUGUUAUUGCUACGAACAUUGCGGAGACUGGUAUCACGAUUCCUGACAUCACUUGUGUGAUUGAUUCCGGCAAGCAUCGUGAAAUGCGAUUCGAUGAGAAGCGUCAAAUCAGUCGUCUUGUCGAGACCUUCAUCGCGAGAAGUAACGCAGCGCAACGACGGGGACGUGCAGGGCGUGUGCAAGAAGGGCUAUGUUUCCAUCUUUUCACAAAAGUUCGACACGAUAACCAGAUGGUGGAUAACCCAUUGCCAGAGAUGAUGAGACUGAGUUUAGCUGACUUGUCUCUUCGUAUCAAAAUCAUGAAGGUCAAGCUAGGUUCGUCAAUAGAAGACGUCCUUUCCCGUGCUCUUGAUCCUCCGACUCCUGUCAAUGUCCAACGAGCCAUAUCCAUGCUAGUGGAAGUGCGGGCUCUUACGCUAUCCGAGGAAAUCACGCCUAUGGGCCGUCUCUUGAGUAAACUCCCCACCGAUGUUCACCUAGGGAAGUUCCUCUUGAUUGCUACUCUCUUCCGUUGUCUGGAUCCUGCCUUGACAAUUGCGGCUGCACUUAACUCGAAGUCCCCAUUCCUGACACCUUUCGGUUUGGAACAAGAAGCAGAUCGUGCAAAGGCUUCGUUUAAAUCAGAAAAUUCCGACUUCCUGACCUUGCACAACGUGUUCUCUAGCUGGCGCAAAGCAUGUGCUAACGCUAACCCUGGUUUUGUGCGAAAGUUCUGCAGGCAAAAUUUCUUGAGUCAUCAGAAUUUGCAACAAAUCGAAGAGUUACGCCAACAGUUCUUGGGAUAUCUCAUAGAUGCUUCCUUCAUCCAAGUCGAUAAAUCUUUCAUUCGCGACCUGAAUAGAGCGCGGUAUAGCCGGAAUCGAACACGUUUUGUCCUAGUACCACCAGAAUUAGAUUCUAGUUCCAGUAACAUCACUUUGGUGAACGCAGCCCUUCUUGCCGGCCUGUAUCCGAAAGUCCUUGCCGUCGAUGUAUCUAAAGGGCAGAUGCGGACACUAUCUAACAACCAACAGGCCUCUUUCCAUCCUUCGUCGGUGAAUUUCGGGAAGAAGCCGACUGACCUUGGAACAAACCAUAUUGCUUACUUCACCCUCAUGCACUCCAAGAAAUUAUACGCAUGGGAAACUGGACCUGUAGAUGAUAUGGCAAUGUUGCUCCUUUGUGGCGAAGUUGAUUUCAAGUUAAUUUCGAACGCUGCCUUCAUCGACCGCAAGGUCAAGUUCCAAAUCGCGCCGAAGACGAACAUUGCAUUGAAGUUCUUGAGAACGCAAUUAACGUCAUUGUUGUCGUAUCAGUUCCGAGGCAAGAUACUCACUGAAAGUCAUAUCUUGUGGAAUGAGCUCGCCUUGAUGGUCCUUGGGAAGGUUAAGAUAGAAGAUCUUCAUGCACCGUCGAUAACUAUCAGCUCGUAG